AUUCAACAAAACAUUGUGGUACUAGUAACAUUAAAAAAAAUCGCAAUGGUAGUUAAAGUGGAACGUAGAGUCGCAGGAGUUCCCGAGAAACCGAAGUCCAAACAGUUCGUCGGGAAUAACUUAACCCUUAACAUUGAUGAAAACAAAAGCAGUAUCUGCCUUACAGGAAAUAACUGUAAGGUGACACUAGCAGAAAACAACGGAAAGUUGCAAGUAGUCGGUGAUAAUUGUGAAAUAGUUGUGAGAAAGGGCAACGGAAAUAUUAAAUAUGUGGGCAAUUGUGGAAAAAUAGUUCUUGGCCUGGGAGUUUCUUCAGAAAAUGUGAACUAUAUUGGAAAUCGAGGCAAUGUGACAUCUGUGAACUCCAAUGGAAGUAGUGAACCUCAAGAAAGUUUUGGUAUUAGUGAAAAUAGCAGCAAAAGAAGUACAACUAGGUUAAUUAAAGAUGGUACAAGAAAUUUAACGGUCAGAAACGCCAAUAUGAUUCAAAUUACUUCUUCUAAAGUACCGAAGAAUUUUGAAUUACCACUACCUUUUGUUAGACUUCCAGGAAUAAUCCAUAGAUAAAAGGAUAAUAAAAUUUUGUAUCAAGUCUUUACACUAUCAGUAUUAUAAUUUAUUAUAGUAAUUAAAGAUGAGACUUGGACUGACCGAAUCCUUUUUUAAUGCCAAAGAAUUAAUUUAUUUUUAUAUUUAUUUAUUUAUUUUUAUUAAAAAAUUUUAUUGUU